UAAAACUUUACGUAUCAAGAAAUUGGCAUCAUUCGUGUUUAAAGUUUUGUGUUUGUGGUAACUGACAGGCAUCUUCAGUUUCUUCAACAGCUGGAUUUUAAGCUCUGAACAUGACUGGGGAAGGAGAUGUCAAACGUGAUAUUAUUCGAGAACUUCCAUUGUCGGAUCGAGUAGGAUUCGAUACAUUACCUUAUCAGUACGUUAAAAAGUGUGCAGAAGAAGUCUUCGUUUUCAACAUCAUGUGCGUAGGCGAGACAGGUAUCGGUAAAACGAGUCUAAUUGCCUCUUUAUUCAAUAUACCUUUCAAUGAUUCCCACAGCAACCAUAAUUUUCCAGAAGUGAAGCUAAAAACUGAAACACACAUUCUCACAGAGAAAAAUAUCAAACUGAAGUUGACUGUUGUUGAAACGAUGGGCUAUGGUGACCAAAUCAACAAAGAAAAUAACUUCAAACCCAUUGUAGAUUACCUUGACUCUCAGUUUGAAAACUUUCUACAGGAAGAAAUGAAGUUCAAGAGAGCGAUGUCAUCUGUAAAAGACACCAUGGUCCACGCUUGUUUGUAUUUCAUUUGUCCCACCGGACAUAACCUAAAAUCAACUGAUCUUAUUUGUCUGAAGAGUUUGCAUCAGAAAGUGAAUAUCAUUCCUGUUAUUGCUAAAGCUGAUUCAGUGUCCAAGGAUGAGCUGAAACGUUUCAAAGAAAAUAUACGUAAAGAACUUUCAAAGGAUAAUAUAGCAAUAUAUUCUUGUCCCACAGACGACGAAAGCACCGCUCAAAUCAACGCCGCUUUGAAUGAUCUGAUGCCAUUCGCUGUUGUGGGAAGUCAAGACUUUGCCAUGGUUGAUGGCAAAAUGGCUCGAGUUCGCGGCUAUCCUUGGGGCACGAUCUGUAUUAAUAAUGAAGAGCAUUCUGACUUUCCCAAACUCAAAGAAAUGCUCAUCAUGACCAAUAUGGAAGACUUGAGAGAACAGACCCACAAACGUCAUUACGAGCGCUACAGGGCAAUAAGCUUAGAAAAAAUAGGUUUCUGCUAUUGGGAGAAUGAUGGCAAGCCCUUUAAUUUGAGAGACAUCUACGAGAAAAAAAGAGAUGAACUCCAAAAAGAGAUGAAUGAUAAGGAAACAAAAAUAAAAGAAGCUUUUGCUCAAAAGGUCAAGAGGAUGGAGGCAAAACUGAAGGAGGAGGAAUGGGCGAUGCAUUCUAGGAAUAAACAGAUCAGCAUGCAACUAGAGUUAGAGAUGAAAAAGCUGGAGGAAGAUAGAAGAUGUUUAGAACUUGAAAUAGCUGCAUUUCAGGUGAAGAAACAAAAGUCAUUUCUCAAAACAGGGAAGUCUGGUGUUUAGAAAAGUCUCAUUGUUAAGUAACAACAUCAUAGCAUUAUGCAUACAUAGCAUUCAUCCUUUAUUUUUCCAUAAAACCGAAACCUGAUUCACAGAAUUCAAACUCAUUUCGUAUUUUAUUCUUUUUUUGUGCCACCCGAACUUUACUUUUGAAACUUGACUUUUUUUAUACCGCCAAAACUUAUUUACUAAA